UGUGUGGAAGUGGACGGGAGGGUGAUCGGUCUGGAGUAGAUGUGCUGGGGUGAUGAGGCGUUUCCCGCAGCGGCCGGGAAGGCCCCUAGAGGUUCCUCACCACAAGAGAUAUUGACUAUUGAUGCCCCAUGUGAGGAGAGUCUGCCGUGUUGUCCUUGUGAGGAGGCGCUGGGUAGUGCCUGGUCCUGGCCCCAUGUAGGAGCAGUCUGUUGGGGCUAUACAGGAAAGGUUAUUCAGAAUUAAUUCUCAUGUCAGCAGAAAGCUCAACCAUCACAGUUCGCCUUGUUCGCUCUUUUGAACACCGGAAUUUCAGACCUGUGGUGUAUCAUGGAGUUAACUUGGAUCAGACAGUAAAGCAGUUCAUUACUUUUGUGCAGAAGGAUGUGCCUUCAAGAGCAGGACUUCCUCCUCCUUUCAAGAAUUACAAGUAUGAUACAAUGAAGAUUAUUCACCAGCCACACAAAUCUAAGACUGGUGAACUUGUAGUGGGUUUGGAGGACGAUGACAAACUGAUUUUGAAAGAAGGCAGUACGCUGAAAGCAGCUGGAGUAGCAAAUGAGACUGAAUUAGCAUUCUUCUGUGAGGAAGAUUACAGAAUCUACAAAGCUAAUCCUGUUUCAGCCUGGUGAAGAUCCCAAGAGAUUGUUUUGUUUUCCCGUACCUGUUGUGAAUUUUCCUUAUUCUGCUUAAUGAGAUUUUGCUUAAAGAUCAAUAAAUCCUAGAGGAUUGCUUUGCAAACAGUGCAAUUCCCUUCCUAUAGAAAUUAAUUUCUGUCAAUAUGAAAAGACUGAGAGAAGGAAAAGUGGAGGACAGAAAUGACUUGUCUUCUUUCUUGCAUUUCUUUUUACUUUGCUUGCCUCUUUCAGUGCACACAGUGCCAUCUCUGACCUGUGACACAUGUUCUUGGAUCCUAUAGCAGACAUUAGCUAUGUAUGGAGAUUAUACAAUGCACAGUAAGAUGCCAUCACAGUGCUGGCUUCUAAUGAAAAUGGAAAAGUUUUAUGACCAAGCCACUGGGUGUUUAGGAGGGCUGGAGAAGAGAAUCUCUGUUUUAAGCCAUUGCUUUACUUCUCUCAUUUUAUGUUUGAUUGCUUUUGUUUAAAUGGUGCAGACUGGCAAGUGUUUCAUGCUCUUCACUAGUGAAUGCUUUCCUUUAUAUUCUCUUCUAGCCCUCUUUAGCAUUCUGGAGGGGACAGAUGACUGUUAGGAGGCUUUUGUGUUCGAGGACCAGCUCGCUUCUGUCUAGCUUUACUUCAUGGAGACACCUUAAUGUAAGAGAUAGCAAUUUGAGUUCUGCCAGGACAUCAGUGUGUGGAAGUAAGAACUGGGCUCUUUUCCAGAUGGAGGGAAAGCUUAUGAUUUCAGAUUUAAGAAUAAAACUAGAAUAGUUGCAUUUUUGCAAGGAGAGGCCCUGUCUGAGAGCCAAGACUGGAAUUGAUUUUUUCAUGCUUUCCAAGAGCCAAAUAUUCUGUUGCUGUAUGUUAGUUCUUGGUGAUCCCAGGCUUUCCUACUACAUUAACUAAGUCAAGAAUAAUGAGAAAUAAACAUGCAUUCAAUAAAGUACCUUUAGAUAGAUACUGCUUAUGAAACUGCUUUUUAGGGGUACCAGGAUGGGGCACUGUGCCUUUAAGCCUCUCUUGACCGUGAUAAAAGUGA